AUGAGGGGCUGCCCGCGGAGACUCGGCCGCCUGGGCCAGGCUGUCCAGUGGCCCUUGCUUUUGGCCCUGCUGGUCUUCUUCCUCUUCACUCUGCCCUCCUUCGUUAAGGAACCUGACAGAAAGCCUUCCAGGUAUCAAGAUACAGAGAACAUUCAAAGACGGUCUCCAGGGUCAACACCCAAGGCGAAUUCCCAGGCACCUGCAGUGAGAAGGAAGAUGGGGACCCACGGCGAGUCGGCUCGAGAGACCCAUAUGCUCAACAAGCAGCCAGAGAGCAUAGCCCGCGUUGCUAAGGAGACCAGACCAGCAGGGGCCUGGGGGGUCUCACCCAGGGAGCAGCACAGAGCACCCCCCACAGCAAAGGCAGGGGAGCCGGAGAGUCAGGGAGAAGAGAAAACCACAGAGGGGACCCUGUCACUGGGAACUCAAGAAAAACAGGUGCCCACAGACAGGACAGGGCUGCUCUCACAGCAGAGCCAGGACACGCAGGUGACCAGAGGGAGGGGGCAGCAGCACCCACACCCGACAACCCCAAGAACAGGGUCCGUGAGGCGUCGGGACACAGGGGCGACCGCGGCAGAGACGCUGACCACAGUGAGGGCGGAGGGAGGGACCACAGCGGUCGGCCGGGAAAAGAGCCCCCCGGCGAGCAUCAGGCCCCGGACGAAAGCCAAAGUGAGGCUGAAGGGUCCCACCGCACAAGCAGCCCAAAGACUAAGGGCUGCCAACUUCCAGUCCGAGCCUCGGUGGGAUUUUGAGGAAAAUUAUAGCUUGGAAGUGGGCGGCCUACAGACGACCUGCCCCGACUCGGUGAAGGUCAAAGCUGCCCAGUCUCGGUGGCUGCAGCCCCUCUUUCUGCCCAACCUCACCCUCUUCCUGGACUCCAGACGCUUCAACCAGAGCGAGUGGGACCGCCUGGAACACUUCGCACCACCCUUCGGUUUCAUGGAGCUCAAUUACUCCCUGGUGCAGAGGGUCGUGACCCGGUUCCCCCCAGUGCCCCAGCAGCAGCUGCUCCUGGCCGGCCUCCCUGCGGGCGAGCCCCGGUGCGUCAGCUGCGCCGUGGUGGGCAACGGAGGCAUCCUGAACAACUCCAGGGUGGGCCAGGAGAUUGACAGCCACAACUACGUGUUCCGACUGAGCGGAGCUGUCAUCAAGGGCUACGAACAGGAUGUGGGCACGCGGACGUCCUUCUACGGCUUCACCGCCUUCUCCCUGGCCCAGUCCCUCCUGCUGCUGGGCAACCGGGGUUUCCAGCACGUGCCUCUGGAGAAGGACGUCCGCUAUCUGCACAUCCUGGAAGGUACCCGGGACUACGAGUGGCUGGAAGCCCUGCUUCUGAAUCAGACCCUGAUGGAGAAUAACUUCCACUGGUUCAGGCGGCGGCCCCUGGAGGCUUUUCGGGAUGCCUUGCACUUGGACAGGUACCUGUUGCUGCACCCGGACUUGCUCCGCUACAUGAAGAACAGGUUUUUGAGGUCUAAGACACUGGACACUAGCCACUGGAGGAUAUACCGCCCCACCACAGGGGCCCUCCUGCUGCUCACAGCCCUUCAGCUAUGUGACCGGGUGAGUGCCUACGGCUUCAUCACCAGCGGCCACGAGCGCUUCUCUGAUCACUACUACGACAAGUCCUGGAAGCCCCUGAUCUUUUACAUGAACCACGACUUCAAGUUGGAGCGGGCGCUCUGGAAGCGGCUUCACGAUGAAGGUCUGAUCCGGCUGUACCAGCGCCCAGAGCCUCCGCAGUGA